AUGUCUAAGUUCUUUGCAGUCUCCCGCUUCAUGGGCCCGGCGAGCGGCAUGAACAUGAGCGGCAUGGGCGGCCUGGGCUCGCUGGGGGACGUGAGCAAGAACAUGGCCCCGCUGCCGAGCGCGCCACGCCGGAAGCGCCGGGUGCUCUUCUCCCAGGCUCAGGUGUACGAGCUGGAGCGACGCUUCAAGCAGCAGAAGUACCUGUCGGCGCCCGAGCGCGAGCACCUGGCCAGCAUGAUCCACCUGACGCCCACGCAGGUCAAGAUCUGGUUCCAGAACCACCGCUACAAGAUGAAGCGGCAGGCCAAGGACAAGGCGGCGCAGCAGCUGCAGCAGGAGGGCGGCCUGGGCCCGCCGCCGCCUCCGCCGCCGUCCCCGCGUCGCGUGGCGGUGCCCGUGCUGGUCAAGGACGGCAAGCCGUGCCAGAACGGUGCCAGCACGCCGACACCCGGCCAGGCCGGCCCGCAGCCGCCGGCCCCGACGCCGGCGUCUGAGCUCGAGGAGCUGUCGCCCAGCCCGCCCGCGCUGCACGGCCCCGGGGGCGGCCUGGCGGCCCUGGACGCGGCCGCGGGGGACUACGGCGGCGGCGUGCUCGGCGCCAACCUGCUCUAUGGCAGGACGUGGUGA